UCGUCCUCCCUUAGUUUACUAAAAGCAGCAACUUAAAAUAAAGAAUAAAACUGAGAUGAACGCACAGCAGGGAGGAUGACACAAGCAGACAGCACAUUUUGGCACAAACAGUCUAUCAGAAAAUAUGAAACGAACAGCUUCUUGUUUUUGUUCUUUAGUUAACAGUUAACACUUGGGAGUCGCUUCGCUGUCGACGCCUCGUUGUUUGUGUAUCUGCAGUUGCUUGGCUCAGGGUGGCGAGUUUGCGCUGUCCGCGACGCACACUAACCUCCUGAGACCCGCUGUCUGUCUGUCUGUCUGUGUGUGUGUGUGUGUGUGUGUGUGUGUGUCAGUCAUAAACCAACACUACAGAGCGCGCUUCUCCAGAGCGCACCAGCCAGCAAGAACAAGUCAUACGGCACACGCACAGAGGCGAGUCUUCAGUUAUGCACAGCUAGAUUAAAGCAAAGCGAGCCAGUAUCCGCGUCAAAAUGGACUGGUGUACGGGCCAACUAACGUGAAAACAUCCUUAAAUUGAUUUAGCUGAGCGGUGUACUUAAACCUUUGUGUACCGCGAGCACGGGAUGAUCUGAAGUAUCUUGUUUACUCUCGAAGCUUUUGCAUUGAAGCACAAUGUACACGUUUGACAGCCGUGCGUAACAUUUCGUCCGCGCUGACUAUGACAGAGGACAUAAUGACGGCUGUGCGCGGAAAUCUUUCUCAAACAGCAGGUGCCUCGGGACAAAAGGAUAGCGGACAACCUGAACCGACAAGCGGGGCGAUUCCUUCCUCCUCACCCGCGGAGCUGAGCCAGGACUCCGCGUCCUGCACCAGCGAGCUGACGCGCACGUGGCUGCAGUUCGCCAAGACCUUCGUUUUUAUCUUCCCCAUAUAUGUCUUGGGUUAUUUUGAGUUCAGUUUUAGUUGGCUCUUAAUCGUACUCACGGUAUUUUUCUUUUGGAGGAGAAACACUAGGUGUAAGAACACUAGGUUGAAUAGAGCACUUUCAUUUUUUGAGCAAGAGGACAGGGUUAAACAGGAGCUGGAGGCAACUGAGUUACCAUCAUGGGUUCAUUAUCCAGAUGUGGAGAAAGUUGAGUGGCUAAAUAAGACAGUGAAACAGAUGUGGCCUUACGUGUGUCAGUUUGUGGAGAAGCUGUUUAAAGAAACAAUCGAGCCAGCAAUCAAAGAAGCCAAUGCCCACCUCAGUACGUUCGGCUUCAUCAAGAUUGAUCUUGGAGAUCAGCCUCUCAGGAUCAAUGGGGUCAAAGUUUACUCUGAGAACAUGGACAAACGGCAGAUCAUCAUGGACCUUCAGAUCAGCUUUGUUGGAAAUACUGAAAUCGAUGUGGAUGUCAAAAGGUACUACUGUAGAGCAGGGAUCAAAAGUAUACAGCUACAUGGAGUUCUGCGGGUGAUUCUUGAGCCACUUUUGGGGAGUAUGCCGCUGGUUGGUGCUCUUUCCCUCUUCUUCCUCAAGAAGCCACUUUUGGACAUAAACUGGACAGGCCUCACAAAUAUAUUGGACAUUCCAGGGCUUAAUGGCUUUUCAGACCACAUGAUCCAGGAUAUUAUCAGCACUUACAUGGUGUUGCCUAACAGGAUCACUGUACCACUAAUAGAUGAGGUUGAACUGGCACAGCUCCGUUUCCCCAUGCCAAAGGGAGUUCUAAGGAUUCAUUUUCUUGAAGCUCAGAAUCUGGAAGUUAAGGACACAUAUCUGGGCGGGCUGAUUAAAGGCAAGUCUGACCCCUAUGGCAUGCUGCUGGUCAGCAACCAGCUCUUUAGAAGCAAGACCAUCAAAGAAUGUCUGCACCCCAAAUGGAAUGAGGUGUAUGAGGCACUAGUAUAUGAACAUUCAGGACAACAUCUGGAAAUCGAGCUCUUUGAUGAAGACCCAGAUAAAGAUGACUUCUUGGGCAGUCUAAUAAUUGACUUGAGUGAGCUUCAUAAAGAACAGAAAGUUGAUGAGGUAAUGCGGUCACACUCUUUUCUAUUUCAGCACCGUCUCAUUAAUAAACUGACUUUGAACUGUCAAAGUAUUUCAUUCAUAAAAUUGCCUCAAUGCUUACAUUGUGCCUUCCUCUACUGUAAGCGUGUCUUUGAGGGCAGCUUUGGCUGUGAAAACCUAAUGGAGAGGAGGGCAUCUGGCCUAGUCUUUUGUGAGAACCCCGACUCUCUCUGUAGAACGUUAUUUACCAAUCCUCUUGACUUUAACCCUGAUGGCCCCAAACCCCCUUAUAAAGGCCUGAAGUCUGGGAAGAAAGUGAGCAUAGACCCAAAUCCUUUUGUCAAACUGACUGUAGGACGAAAGAUGUACACAAGCAAGGUAAGAUAUAAAACUAGUGAGCCGCUGUGGGAAGAGGCUUUUCCCUUCCUUAUCAACAACCCCCACACUCAGGAACUGGAAAUUGAGGUGAGGGAUAGUAAGCACAAGUGCUCUUUGGGUAGUAUGCGGGUGGCACUUGGUUCUCUCCUGAAGGAGGUGGACAUGACGCUGAAUCAGCAGUUCCCCUUGCAGAACUCUGGCCCCAACAGCACCCUCAAACUCAAAAUGGCUCUCAGGGUCCUCGGUUUAGAGAAGGAGGUCACAUCCAGCCAGCCGUCAUCUGUCCGAAUCAGACACACUAGUCAGAAUAACACUUGCGUGUCUCCACAACCUCAAACAGCCACUAGCACCAGCAACUCCACAGUCAUCCAGCCGUCACACAACCCAUCUUGUACCCUCACACCAGACAACCCUCAAGGGAAAACAGUAUUGGAUGGCUCCCCGGUGCGGAUAGCAGAGGCUGGCCGCAGUGUCUCCAGUCUAGAGAUAAGCAGCUUGCACAAGCAUCAGUCUCACAGAGACUCUACGCCUAGUCUGGCCUCUGACAUUUCACUGCCCUCUGCCACACUGGAACUGCAGCAGAGGUUACAGCAGCUACAGAACGGCUCUGGGCUGAGCCAGUAUCCGCUCGGUGAAGUCCAGCUCACUAUCCGACACAGCUCACAAAGGAAUAAACUUAUUGUAGUGGUUCAUGCCUGCAGAAACCUCAUAGCACUGACUAAAGAUGGCUUAGACCCAUUCAUCCGCCUGUACCUGUUACCAGACAAGAGUCGCAGUGGCCGCAGAAAAACCAGCACACUCAAGAAGACGCUCAAUCCUAUCUAUGACCAGUCCUUUGAGUUCAGUGUGUCAAUAGUGGAACUGCACAGGAGAACUUUGGAUGUCGCUGUCAAGAAUGGAGGAGGACUGUUGUCCAAACACAAAGUACUACUGGGCAAGGCCGUUGCGGACUUGGCAAGUGAAGACGUUUCUAAAGGAUGGACUCGAUGGUAUCAUCUGACUGAGGAUGGAUCUAAGAAGAUAAUUCAGACGUAGUGGUCCAUGCUAGAAAGCAGAAACGAAUGGAACAGCAGAUAACUGGGACAUGUCACGGCACGCACAGGAUAGAAGCUUGAGAAGCAGAAGAGCAGCGCUGGACUAACUAAACCAGGCUACUUCUACUGGGAUUUACACUGGCCUAUAAAGUGUCUCUCUCAUUCUCACCAAAGCUAAAAUUGCCACCUUAAGCAUCAGUGGCCCGCUUACUCUCUCUUUCUCAAAGGAUUCAAUCUGAUUGUCUUUUUUGUUUUGUCUUCUUGUGUUUGUUUUAUUCAUCUUAUUGGUAUUUGGACAAAUUAUAUCACUUUUACCCGAUAAAAAUAGUUACCUAUGAAGUUAAGAAACAACGACAGAAAAAAAAAGAUCAUUUAGAUCAUUAGAUUUAUUAAUACGUGUGCCUUUAUUUAUUGUAUUUAAGUUAUUUUGAUAAUAUUUUGAAACUUUUUGAUUUCUGGGUUUAAUACUAUGUUUUGUAAGCAAUCAAAAUCACAUCUGAAAAAAAAUGUUAUGUUGCUGGAAAGUCAGACAUUAUUGUAGCAUUGUUGUUUGUUUGAGGCAGUAUAUUACACAAAACACAUGGCCAAAGGCAAAGGCCACACGUAUUCGUUUGAAUGUAUAUAUGUAUGUAUGAACAUUUAUUUUUUCUUAGAUUUUAUGCUUUUUCUAUCAAACAGCUAUGGAAAUUCUAAGUUAUGUUCAGCUCUUCAUAGAUGAUCCACUGAUCAUUUAUUUUAAAAGUAUUUUACUGUGUCCUGUUGCACAACACAAAAUGAAAAGCCUGUACAGAAAUGUUUGAUACCCGUUUUGUCUGCAACAGUUUUAUGAGGAAAAGCAAAAUGUGUGUUUAGUAUGUGACAUUUGUAAGAUAAUAAUAGCUUGGUUACAAAGUGUUUUGCUUAUGGAUUGUUUAAAGACUGUGAAAUGGCUGUUGAUAUGAUUUCCAGCCUUAUUCUUCUCUAUGCAUAAUGCAUGAUAUCAUUAAAAUAUGAAAUUCAACUUGAAUCAUACUGAACUUGUAACUUGGACCCCUUUUAGAGUUAAAGAGCCUGAAUGCAUUUUUAUCUUAAUUGUCUAUUCAUACUUUUUUUGUUUUUCAUGGUAUAUUUUAACAAGGAA